AUGCACAAAGACACAACCAUGGAUGUGAAAGACAACUUGACCACAGAUGUUGGUAUCGACAACCAGGACGGCGAGAUGCAAAACCUGCCUCGGGCUGAUCCCGCCCUGGAGCGAAAGGUCUUGGCCAAGCUAGACAUCUUCCUCACCCCAGUGCUCUUCAUUGUAUACCUAUCCUGCUUCAUCGACAGAGCCAAUAUCGGAAAUGUCAAGGUCGCUGGCAUGCCCGAGGACAUCGGUGCUUCCGAGGCGCAGUAUUCUCUCGCCGUGUCAAUCUUCUUCGUCACCUACAUCAUCGUCGAAGUACCCUGCGUCAUCCUCGUCAAGAGAUUCUCGCCACGCUACAUCCUCACGGCCUUGUGCAUCAUCUGGACGGCCGCUACCAUCGCCAACGGCUUCAUCGUCAACGUGGGCGGGCUAUACGCGUGUCGGCUCGCUCUUGGUGCCGCAGAGGGCGGUCUCUUCCCGUCGCUCAACAUGUACCUUACGCUUGUGUACAAGAGAGACGAGAUGGCGAGGAGGGUGUCGUACCUGGUGUCUUGCACGGCGUUGUCGGGAGCGGUUGGCGGCUUGCUUGCCUACGGGCUACUACAAAUGGACGGUGUGGCUGGAAUUCCCGGAUGGAGAUGGGUGUACAUCAUCGAGGGGGCCUUUAGUAUUGUUUGCGCGCUCGCUAUCUGGUUCGGCCUUCCAAGCGACGUCCGCAAGGCAUACUUCCUCAACAAGCAGGAGCGCGAGGUCAUGGAAAUCCGACACGAGGAGCGCAUGUCGUACAUGGGCAAGGACGAGUUCUCCUGGGAAGAAAUUCGACUGGCGUUCACGGACCCCAAAGUCUGGCUCUGUGCUGGGACUCAGUUCUGCCAGAACAUCCUCACCAACGGCUUUGGCACUUUCCUGCCAGCGAUUCUUAGGGCUAUGGGUCAUGGUAGGCUAGCCUCCAACUACCUCACGAUUCCGGUGUAUGUAUUGGGUGCCAUUGGGUUCUUCACAUUUGCUUGGCUUUCCGACCGAUACAAAAAGUGUGGUCCUUUUAUACUCGGCACCAAUUUCUUCGGCAUGAUCGGGUACAUCAUCCUCAUAGCCUCUAGCAACAACGCGGUCAAGUAUUUUGCCUGCUUCGUGUGCACCAUUGCCGUCUACAACGGCACGGGCCUGAACCUAGCAUGGCUCAACGUCAACAUGGCGCCUCAGUAUCGCCGCGCCACUGCUAUCGGCAUCCAACAGACUAUCGGGAAUGCCGCGGGCAUCGUGGCUGGCCAGGUCUACAGGGAGUCGCCGUACAUGCUGGGACACGGCUUCUCCCUGGGGGCCAUUGCCGUCGCCAAUACGCUGGUGGGGAUUCACCUUUGGCUGCUUCUGCGCAUGAACAAGGAGAAGCGCCAGAUACUGGCCGGCGAGAAGGAGGACACGCGAAAGAAGACAACGGGCGAUCGAGACAUUAACUUUGUCUACCGCGCGUAA